CAUGUCCUGAAGGCACCUUCACUCCUGGAAACAUGACUGGCCUCUGGAAUGAGAAGGAAUGUCUGCCUUGCUUACCUGGUCACUACUGCAGGCACGGGCAGCUGGAGGGGAAAUGUGCUGCUGGAUAUUUCUGCCUGGCUGGGAGCUCCCAGGCUGCUCCUCAGGGCCACAGCUUCUCCUGGCGCUUCCUGGCCGGGUGUCGCUGGGGCCAGGUGUGUGCAGGGCUGUGUCCUGCAGGUUUCUACUGCCUGGAGGGGUCUGAGGUGCCCACACCGUGUCCUUCCAACACUCUUAGAGAUCUUCCAGGGGCUGUGAGGAGGGAGGAUUGCCUGCCCUGUCCACCAGGACACUGGUGCAAAGCAGGGGACUCCCAGGCCCAUCCAUGCCCACCAGGACACUACUGCUCUGGGGGGAAUGGCAGUGAGCUCGGCAGCCUCGUGGCCCCUCGGCAGUGCCCCCCGCAGACGUUCCGCAGGCAGCCGGGGGCUCGGAGCCCGGCCGACUGCCAGCCCUGCCCUCCAGGGUACCACUGCCCCUUGUCAGGUCUGACACGGUUUGAGGAUUAUCCGUGCCCCCCUGGCUACUGGUGCCCUGGUUCAGUAAAUCCCAAGCCUUGCAGGCCUGGCCUGUACUGUGGUGCUCUCACAGGUGAGCCUUCUGUGUGUCCUGCUGGGUACCACUGCCCCGAGGGAUCCUCCACAUACAACAGCCCUGAGCAGCUGUGUGUGUUUCCAUACUACUGCCCCCCUGGCAGUGCCCACCCGGUGCCGUGUGAAGGAGGGUCCAUGGCCCUGACCCUGCCUGGCCUGAGGGACUCGUGGGAGAAGUUCUGCAGGGUCUGUGCUGCAGGGACCUACCGCAAUGCCCUCCUGCUCACAGCCCCCUGCCAGCCCUGCCCAGCUGGCUUCCUCUGCCCACCAGGCAGUGAGAGCUACCACCAGCAGCCUUGUCCUCGAGGCCACUACUGCCCUUCCCUGGCACCGGCCCCCCUGCCCUGUCCCCCGGGGACCCACGGGAGCAGCCACUUUGGGAAGCACAGAGGGGAUUGCCAGCCCUGUCCUGCUGGCACCUUCAACCACCUCCCUGCCCAGCCUGCCUGCUUCCCCUGUGGCAGCUCCUCUUCCUCUCAGCCUGGUGCCACCAGCUGUACCUGCCAUGGGCUGAACAGGGCUUUCCAGCAGUCAGAUGCCUCCUGUAUCUGCCAGGCAGGAUAUGUUUACUAUGAUGAGAGAGGCAAGAAAGACCCCGACAGCAACAGCGACCAGGACUGUCGACCUCAGGUGGACGAGCUCUGUGCCCCGGGGCAGGUCCGUCUGGCAGCCACGCGACGCUGCGUGGUCCCCGAGCGCCACGACUGCUCCCCGGCAUGCGGGAGGGCAGGGGGAGAGCUCCACGCAGAGCUGGGCAUCUGUCACUGCAAGCAGUACAUCUCUGCUGAGGAGCUCUGUGACCAGCUGUGCCUGCUGAGAGCCCCUCGCAUCUCCCUGGCAUUUGGCAUCAACAGGGAGCUGCUCCUGAGGAUGAACGAAGGAGAAGUGAGGGAAGUGGCAAAUGUCCUGGGCCCGGAUGAACACGUGCAGAACAGCCAGAGGGUGCACUUGGUCCUGUUCAGCCCCAGUGGAGUGCUGGGUUUCAUUGUCUCCAGCACAGAUGUCCUGGAUGCAUUUCUCAUGGGAGAUUUUCCAUCAAGUCAGCUGCUGCAGAAAGGUCAUCGAUUCCAGAGGGCUUCCUCCAAAGAUACCCAGGCCUUGCCCCUGGUUCCCAACCCUGUGGUGUGUUUGGAAGCAGGAGACACGAUCCUUUUCCAGCUCAGCAUCGAUUCCCAGGAUCGUGCAUCCAGCCACUACCCUGUGUAUCAGAAGCAGCAUCUCUAUAAUAGCAACCCCAGCUGGGAUUUUGGACCCUUUCGAAGGCUAAACCACCUCGUCCAGGAGACUCACCUCAACCUCUCCUGGUUUGCCCAUGUUUUCCUGGAGUCUGGCACGUAUGUUUUCAGGGAUAGCACUGUCCAGGAGCGCUUCCUGAUUGUGAGUGUGAAUGAAGCCAACGUGAGCUGUGACCCCAGAGCUGUGCCCUUCCAGCCCUCCUCUCUGUUCCAGCUGGCCAGACAUGGGGUUUUGAAGCAACAGGGUCUGAACUUGGCUCCCAAUUGGGCUGCUAUCGCAGCCACCCUCUUUGUUCUGGGCUCCUUCGUUGUGGUGCUGACAACCCUGGCCAUAGUGUUCCAGCCUGCUGGCUCUGCCAGCAGCCCCCUGAAGGGCUGGAAGCCACGCUGGAGGAGCCUGGGUGAGCCACACAUCCCACCAGAGUACAUCCUCCUUAAGGACAGCCUUCAGUUUUAUCAGAUGCUUGGUCCUCGUGGCUCUGGAGGAGAUGCUGCUUCUGGAGAGAAAGGAACAGUCUCUAAUGCAGGAGAGCCCUUGGCACGGAGGGUCCUGGAGGAUUUCAGCGUUCGCACCCUCUAUGACAAGCUGGAGGACCAGAAUUUGCACGUGGCAUCCCAGCUGGCAAAGCACAGGAUGGAUGUGCUGGGCUUUUACAACGGGAUCAGCCACCACCUUCAGAGCCUUGUGGACAUGGUGCAAGCACUAGACCCUGACACCCUGAAAACCUUUGCCAGGCAAAGGAUUUGUGGGCACAAACCUGCAGACAGCAGAGGGGCAGCAGAGGCUGCUGAACAGUGUGCUGAGCACUGUGGCAACACCUUCCAGCCAGGUGCUCCAUGGCAGGAAGUGAGAGAGUUAAUGAAAGCUCUGGAAGUGCUGCUUGGGAAUGGUCCCUGCAGGAAUGGAGCUGUGAAAGGAGAGAUGGAGCACAAGGUCCAAGCACAGGAUGCACUGGAAGUUGUGCCCUCCCUGGGCAGCCUGGCCAGUGACAAUAAAUCAGAAGUAGUGGAAGGGCAGGAUCAUGAGCUGCCUCAGCAGUGUGAGCUCUUCAUCAGGAAAGAUGCUUUUUUCAGCUUCCCUGGAUGUGAAGAGCAAGGUUUAGAUCUCCAGUUGCCUUAUCUGUUUGAGUUGGAGGUGGAGGGCCUGGUAGCAGCUUCUCCCCUUGCCAAGACCCUGUAUGAGAUCAAGCAAGCCUUGGUGAAUCUGCAGGAACCUUCAGACUUUGGUAAUCCAGACAGCGAACAUCAAACAAGCGUGGGGAGCUCAGCCCUCCUCUGAGCUACAGACAGGGAGGAAGCUCUGCUGCUGGCAUGGAGAGGAGCUGCACUGCUCACAGGACUGAAGAGACAGAAGCAGAAGCAUUUCAUCCUCUGCACAGUAAAAUAACCACCGACUCACUUCCUUGAGGAACCUUAUCCCUGGCACUGACUAAAGUUGGACUGAAGUGUGUGUGUGUGUGUCUGAGGACAGAGCUGCUUUACCUGAAAUAUCACAGUAGAUUUGUAUUUAAUUAAGGAUGUAUUUGGUCAAAUGCAUCAUGAGUAAUCCAUAUUCUGUUUGCUUAACCUUGAAAUACUUUCACACUCGUCUUGGAUUAUCAGUAAUUUGUCAGGUGGAGAAGGAAGCUGAGCUUCUUGAUGUCACUGAUUUUAUAGUUCUCUUUAUUAAGUCAGUAAAGCAGAAAACAUAGGACCACAGAUGGCAUAUAUACAGUAUAUUCUGUACAGCUUUUGUGAUCUCUGAUAUGAAGGAUGUCUGUGACUUUUUCAAGUAUUUUAGAGCCACACUUUUAUAAGCUUGCCCAGCAUCUCUACAUGUUUUCAGUACACUCAUGCUGAUCUCAGUAAGUUCUACUGGCAGACACCCUCAGGGUCUCUACAGAUGUGAUUUUUCUGAGCAAAGAAGACAAUUAAAUUAUUCCUGUAGCAGUGACUGCAGGGA